AUGUCCGCGCAAAUCGAAGACGUCGCUGCCCCCUUCUCCGCAAUCCGCGGUGCUCUGCCGACUCCGGAGGAGUACCGCAAGCGCAAGGUCGCGCUCAUCUCCGGCAUUACUGGCCAGGAUGGAUCCUAUCUGACGGAGUUCUUGUUAGAGAAGGGCUACGAGGUGCACGGUAUCAUUCGUCGGUCAUCCAGCUUCAACACGAGCCGUCUGCACCAUCUCUAUGAGGACCAGCAUGAGCGGCCUAACAAGUUCAAGUUGCACUACGGCGACCUGAGCGACAGCACGAACCUCGUCUACAUCAUCGCGCAGGUGCAACCCACGGAGGUGUACAACCUCGGCGCGCAGUCGCACGUAAAGGUCUCGUUUGAGAUGGCCGAGUACACGGGCGACGUCGACGGUCUUGGCACGCUGCGCCUGCUCGACGCGAUCCGGACGUGCGGGCUCGAGAAGCACGUGCGCUUCUACCAGGCGUCGACGUCCGAGCUCUACGGCAAGGUCGUCGAGACGCCACAGAGCGAGACUACCCCGUUCUACCCGCGUUCUCCUUACGGCGUCGCCAAGCUCUACGGCUUCUGGAUCACUGUCAACUACCGCGAGGCGUACGGCAUGUACUCGUGCAACGGCAUUCUCUUCAACCACGAGUCGCCACGCCGUGGACGGACGUUCGUCACCCGCAAGAUCUCGCGUGCCGCUGCGGAUAUCUCCCUGGGCAAGCAAUCGUGCCUGUACCUGGGCAACCUCGAUGCGAAGCGUGAUUGGGGACACGCCCGCGAUUACGUCGAGGGCAUGUGGCUGAUGCUGCAGCAAGACGCGCCCGAGGACUUCGUGCUCGCCACCGGCGAGACCCACCCCGUCCGCGAGUUUGUUGAGAAGUCGUUCGCCGUGCUUGGUAUCACCGUGAAGUGGCGAGGCACCGGCACCGAGGAGGAGGGCUACGACGCGAAGACAGGCAAGGUCAUCGUGCGCGUCGACCCGCGCUACUUCCGCCCCGCCGAAGUCGAGUACGUAUUCGAUUUCACUUCCCUUCCUGCUGCCGCAGGGGUGAUAACGAGGCUGAUCAUGGGCAUUGUGCGCAGACUUCUCCUCGGCGACCCCGCGAAGGCGGACCGGCUCCUUGGAUGGAAGCGCAAAGUCGACUUCCCCUCGCUCGUGAAGGAGAUGGUGCUAGCCGACCUGGAGGCGUCCAAGACCCGCAUCGAGAACCAGAACUAG